GGAUCGCACCGGGACCCUCCCUGCCUCCCCGAUUCUGCGAUUCCGUCCCUCGCUGCCGUCGCUGCCGAACUAGCUACCCCCGCCAACCCGACUCCCACUUCGGUUCCGUCCGAUCGCAUCUUCUCUCAGGUCUCCCCUCCUAUACAUCAGCUCCGAGAGAUGGUUCCCCGAGGCCCCAAUGGCUGCCAAACCCUUUGACAUACCCACACCGGGCAGCGCAUACGCUUUCGACAUCUACAAUGACGCCCACGCGCUGCGGGCGCCAGGGCCCGCACUUCCCGGUGGGCCCUGCAACUACACGGAUCCGACGCUCCCGCGCUGCGGCUGCCGCCGGUUCUGGAGCCGCGCGUCCCUCAGCGGUGGUGUCUUCCAGGAGAACGGUGCGCUCGCUGAGCUCUGCAUGUGCUCGCACCAUGCGUGCUUCCACGAGGAUGCCCAACCCGGACAGACGCAGCCAUCGGCCACGGUCAAUGCCCCAGGACAGGAAAACCAGAAGCCCGUGACCAACCGGGCGCCGUUGAGCCCGGUCCAGCUUCCCUCGUUCCAUGUGCCCGGAAGCCGGUCGUCGCUGGAUUUUACCCUGCUGGACUUUCAGGCGUCCAUGUCUGCCCCGCGGGUAGAGGCCGUCAACCCCGCCCCAGCUACGGAUCCCCAUCCGGGACAGGACAGCCCAAUGCCGGAUACGUUUAACAACUGGGGAGACCUGGCCCGGUCUCAAGCUGGGCUUGCCAAUGGACUGCCACCGUUUCCCACCCAAUGCUUGAUGUCGCCGCCGCCUCCGCCAUCCACUGUUGCCUCGAGCCAAGCGAGGUAUCUCCGGCCGUUUGCCGGGCGUGGGCUACAUACACUAAGUGGUGUCCCUGCCCCAAGGCCAGACUCGCGCCAGCAGGAACAUAUUAACCAGGACGACGAUGUUGAGCCGGCACAGGACACGGGACAUGACCCAACGGAUUCUGCUUCCACUCCCAAGGCGCUACCAUCACAAGACCGUUCGGUGUCAGGCCAGGAUGGUGCUUACCAAAAGCUUUCAGACAAGGUCGACACGCACGAACAGCGGCUCGACCGGCUCGAAACGAACUCCUUUUCCGUUGCCGGCCACGAGGACUGCCACGAUAGGCACGAGAAUGUCGACCUCCGCGUUACUGAACUCGAGUCGCGGGUCGACGAGGUGGAGAAGAUCCUCAACGAUAACGGCAGCGUCGUGAGCAGCAGGCGGACGACCAAGCAGGACGGCGGCGCCGACGACGCCACAGCCAGUGUCGUUUCCGUCUCGACCGACGCCACCGUGCUUGCUACGAACCGCGCCGAGGUGUACAGCCAGCUGCAGCAGCUCCAAGCGCAGGUCAGCCAGCUCCAGGCAGCCGCGAUGCCGUCAUACGCGAAACCCUGGGCGCUCGAGGUCGUGUUCCUGCCGUUCCCGCUCAAGGGUGUGUGGCUCAGCUCGAAGGAGUUUGCCAAUCAGCGCCGGUCCAUUGGUUCCAAUUUUGAGGACUGGACACAGAUGCCCAACACGAUCAGCAGAGCAACGCCGGACCCGCAGUCGCCCAAGUUCCAGGAGUGGGCGGGACAGGGGCCGGAGUCGAAUUGGCUGCUGCCGAGGGCAUUCGCUGCGGGGCGCGUUGUUGACCAGAGGUUGAAGAGCCGCGGCUUGAUCAAGACGGUCCAUGUCCGGGGCGCGGACGCCCGGAGUGUCCAGCUCGCGAUUCACGAUGCGUUCCAGGACGUGCUGCGCAUCUCGUCCAACUCGGACGCGCGGUCAGGGUUCGCGCCCGACUAUCCCCUGGCUGAGUACCUCGGUCUGCGGCAGUCUUGGGUGCCGCUGCGCAAGCUCCACAAGGACUCGCGGCUGCGGUUUCUCUCGCCGGCCGAGAUGGCGACGCCCGCGCUCUGGGACUUUACGUUCCUCGUCUCCAGCGUCGUUAUGAAGGCUACCGGCGUCCAGCGCCUCUACAUCACCCAACCCGAGGCCUAUCUCCAAGAUCACCCGCUCGGGCACCAUGCCCUAGAAGCAGGCUGGACUUGGCAAAAGCUGCGCCAGCUGAGCAGGGUCUACCCCGACUCCCAGAGCGAAGCAGACGUGCCCGAGGCCGACGCGCUCGAGGAGUGCUGGAACUGGAAUGACCGCCUCGAUGAGUCGCCGAGUGUGACCGCUUCGGCCGUCAGCCUCCGCCAGUCCAUCCACCAGCGUGCCUCGCGCCGCUCGUCGACCGAACCCUCCGGCCAGUUCUACACUGGCGUGCAGUCUCCCAUCCUUUCCAUCGGCCCCAGCCGCUCCCGCGCACCAUCGCCCCUCAUUCAGCGUGAGCGCAAGGGCUCCUUGCCGCCACACAUUCGCACGGGGUCCAUCCCACCCGCCCAUCCUGCCAUUCUCUCCCCCGCCCAAUCCCGCCGCCGGCCGUCCCACGCCGCCGCAACACCCUACGAGCGCCGCUCGUCCCCCUUCGUACCCCGCGCCAGCCCUCGCCCCAGUCCCCGGGUAGGCAGCAGCAGCCACGCUCUCAACAACCAUCCCCAUAGCAUCGCCAUCCCAUCCGCGCCCGGCGCCGGCGCCGUUCCCAAACGCCGCUUCACCCGCUCUCCGAGCCUAGUACCUCGCAACACCCCGCGCUGGAGCCGGACCAGCAUGAGCCGCUCGCCGUCGCUCGCGCCCGGUGGCAUCUACGGGUACCAGGAGGAGCGCGAGCGCGAGAACAGGGAACGGCGCAUGACCACGCCCUUCUACUACGCCACGCCGCACAGCGAGGCCAUCCCCGAGUUUGGCUACCAGCGCGCGGGCAGCCGCGGGCCGGUUCCGCCUGCCGUUGGUGGGAACCAUGGCUUGCGCAUGGGUGGGUAUGACGACGAGCUUGGGGAUGCGGAGUACGGGGACGAGGAGAUGGAUGAUUUCACGACCGGGAGCGAGACGGGGACCGGUGACGAUGACGAGGAGGCAGGCGACAGCGAGAUGACCGACCACGGCGGCCAUCACCAUCACCACCACCACCAUCCCAACCAGCGGGGGUAUUACCAGAGCCCGCACCACGGCGGUAGCAGUGCGCGCCGACAGAUCGGAACGGGGUCCUUCGGGUUCGGCACGGACGGCGACGAAGCCGACCUCGACAUCGACGUGUACCAAGACGAGGACGAGGACGAGCUGGACGGCGUCGACACGGACGCGGGCAACACCACCGAUAACCACCCCAACCACCACCCCAACAACAACAAACAACAACAACAACAACCGCUCCGCCCGGAGGACAUACCCUGGGCCGGCAUCGAAGACGCCAUCGCCAACGGCGGCGCCGACCCCGACGGCGACAGCAACAUGUCGGACGGCGAGAACGUCGACCCCACCACCUCCCAAUCCCAAUCCCAAUCCGCCUCCACCUCCCUCUCCCACUCCUACCAAUCCCACCAAUCCCACCACUCCCAUUCCCUAUCCCAACACUCCCUCCUCUCCCAAUCCCAAGCCGCCCAAGACGCAGCCCUCAACAUCGCAAUCCACCAAGACGGCGACGACCACGACCACCACCUGCUCCUGGACAUGGACGUGCUUGCCGCCGCCGCAAACCAUGACCACAACAACGCAGAUGAUAACGGUGACGGGGACGAUGGCGAGGCCAGCAGCCAGGCGCCGAGCGAGUACUCCAGCAAGCCGAGCGCGUGGCAGCUCGUUGCGCCUGUGCAGGCGGUGGCGGGCGAGGGGGAUGUGGUGAUGGGGCAGAAGGGGGUUGUUAGUGGUGUUGUUGGGGUUGGUGGUGUGGGGGGUGUUGGGCAGGGGUCGGUGAUGGGGUUUCGGAUUCAUGAGGAUGGAACGGCGGGGGUGCCGGCGGGGGAGGGGUUGUUGGAUACGCAGUGGGGGUGAUUAUCUAUAUUUUUAUGGCUUGGUGUUUUCUUUUGUUUACCUAGGGAUGGAUGGAUGGAUGUUGGGAGGCAUAUACGCAGGCAGGCAUAUACGUUUUGGUCUUUUUGGAUAUCUUUUAACGGGUUGGCGGGACAAGCGAGCGAUGCUUUGGGCGAUUGUUUCAUGGCUUGGUUGGCUGGUUGGUUGGCUGGUUGGCGUCGGGCUGCAUGGGGUCUGGAGAUAC